CCCUAAGGGAAAAUUAAAAUCAAGAGAGUGAGAGAGAUUUGAAACAAGUUAGAAAUGGAUCGCGAAUUUGACGUUAUAGGACAAUACCGUGCGAUUACUGCGAAACUAAAGAGACGUUUUCUGAAAAAACCUAAUGUUUCUGAGGCAAGUGGUCAGUUUGGUGCCCUUGCCAAAGAGUUGAAACGACAAGAUUGUCCACAAUACGCUGGUUUCUGUAGUCUUGCAAAGGCGAGGUGUGAAAAUACGCUGUCUAAUGCAACGGGAGAAGUUGAGGCGCUAACUGAAGCUGCACGGUUGUUUUUAGAAGCAGAGAAAAAUUCCGUGGAGUUAAGAUGUCCGGCGUUCGAGGAACACUUGACUGAAGCCAUACAUCUCUUCAACCAGGCCAUUAAAACUCACUGUGCCCAGGGUAACUCGGCGUUAGGGGCUUGUUUGUGCUUAGAAAUAGGGGACGCCUUGAGACAUAUGAACCGGCCCCAUGAAGCUAUGGUCCAUUAUCAACAUGCCGCUGAGUUACAACAUCAGAAUCCCAUUGAUGCCCUGCAGUCAAUGACUUUGGUAGCCUCAUGUAAAAUUGAUACAGGUGAUUUUGAUGGUGCUUUGUCUGUAUUGACUGAAAUGGCUUACCAUGCAGAAGAAAGAGGAAGUAUGAGCCAACAGGGAAAGUUAAAAGGACCAUACCAAGAGAUUUUAGCCCACUGCGAGAUUGGACGCAUUCUUCUGCUAAUGCUACUUCAACCAACACCACAGCAAAUUCCUCCUCAGCAUGCUCAGAUACUUGAGAAGUAUUUGGAUGAAUUAGAUUCUACUGAAAACCCUGUGGUUUACAUGAAUAAAGAUCUUCUCCUUUUGCUUCAGUCGGUAGUGAUGGUAUGUCAGUCACAUGAUGUAGAUGCUCUUAAAGAGCUGGAGAAAGAACUAUGGGCAUACCUCGACCCUGAGCAACAGCAUCUCCUUUAUCUCAUCACUUUAAAAAUGUCAAAGAAAGGAGGAUGAAAGCAAUGUGGCGCUGCUGUCAAAUACAGUAUCACUAGGUUUUUCUUGUUACAAAUGACAAAGUAUGAAGUUGCAAUUGCUUGGAUGGCAAUGAUUAAUUUAAAAAACUGCAAAUGUCAUAUGAAUAGACACAGAUUUUCCAAACACAGGCCAUAAGAAAGUGGAAGGGUUAAUCAAUUUUAAUCUGCAUAGAGAAAUGUCAAACAAUUCUUAUAAGCUGUUGACCACAUUAUAGGUUUAUUGUUGUAAUAACCCACCCAGGAUGUUGGGAGAACAUGAGAACAUUUGUCAAUCAUGAGCCAGAGGCAAAUUGAUGUGCAAAUUUUUCAAAUUACAAUUUGCAAAGGAUGUACCAGUACUGGUGCAAUAAAGGAAAGGAUUAUGACCAAUCA